CCGCCAAAGCCCGCUGUCCGGUUGAGAAGUCACUGGAGGGGACAUAAUAAAUACGUUCCCGUAGUGAUCUUCAAGGACAAGAGCUUUCCCUGGGGGUGGUCUGGGGCUGGAAGGCCCUGGUGCGCUGAUUUGGCGCCUGGGAAGAUAAGUGUCUGUCAACCCUGAUGCAAAGAUAUGCAUCCAGUGCCCAGGGAGUGUGGGAAAUUGGUCAGAAGUGGCCCAUUAUUGUAAGCAGACGCCAGAGCUAAUGUUGCACGCCCGCUGCUGCCUGAAUCAGAAUGGCACCAUCCUGGGGUUGGAUCUCCAGAACUGUUCUCUGAAGCACCUUGGUCCAAACUUUCCUCAAGCACAUACUGCUGUCAUCAUAGACCUGCACGCAAACCCCCUCAAGGAUGACUUGGCCAACACCUUCCACGGCUUUAUCCAGCUCCAGACUCUGAUACUACCAGAAGAUGUCAACUGUCCUGGUGGUAUUAAUGCCUGGAAUACUGUCACAUUUUACCCAAAUAAUCAAACCUGUGAAGGACAAAGGAACCUUUGCAAUAGCACUGGGGACACAGAAAUAUGUCCUGAGAAUGGAUCUUGUGUGCCUGAUGGUCCAGGUCUUUUGCAAUGUGUUUGUGCUGAUGGCUUCCAUGGCUACAAGUGUAUGCGCCAGGGCUCGUUCUCGCUGCUUACGUUCUUUGGGAUUUUGGGAUCCACCACAUUAUUCAUCUCCAUCCUUCUUUGGGGAACCCAACGCCGAAAAGCCAAGGCUUCAUGAACUACCUAGAUCUUCCUACUGACCUAAAGGUCAUCCCGCUCCAUCUUAGCCCAGCCAGGGAGAUUUGCUUCCUAGACGGGCUGGCCAGAGCCUCCUCCAGGACAAGGCCAAGGUUGGAAGGAAGAUGGAACAUUGCACAGUGCUGGAAGGUCACACUCCAGUCGAGGAGCGGACUAGUCCCAGGUCCCAUUUGUGCUGCUAACGAUAAUAAAUUUUUUUUUUAAAGGAA